GUAAUGUACUGUAUUUGGUGAUUCCCUCAAUCUUUAAUCUCUAGAAUAGUCCCUCCACCGUAAUUGACUAACGCUACGGAUAGAUUUCUCAUUUGAGACUUUGGUACCGGUGCAUGUUUUUUCAGUUCCUCUAAUAAAUAGUCGGGUUGAAGCAGCUGCUGUGGGACAGGGAGAGUGAGGGAAGCCGGGGAGCAAACGCCCGUUGGAGGCUGUCGCGGUUGAGAGGUGACGGCUGAAGCCAGCAGAAGCAGCGUGGACCCUUGUCACUCAAAGUAAAUAAAGCACGUGCCUCCAACACGGGGAGGCCAGAGGCUGGCCCAGGAUGAGGUCAGACGGAAAGGUGUGGGGGAGGCCCCCGCCCCAGGGACUCACUUGGGGAAGGAGUGGCGGCCACCUUGGUCCUUCCGGCGCCGCGCACGUCAGAGCCGACGGGCCGCUCCGAGCCGGGAGGCCGGGUGCAGGGACGAUGGGAAACCACGUCCGGGGCGGCUGUGCGUGGGCUCUCCGCACGUGUCGUCUGACCACAGAAGUACCGGGUACAUGACAGUUCACGCCCUGUUAGACGUGCAUGUGUGACGCGGGCUGCCGGCCUCCAAGGACCUUGUAGCCCCGGGGGCCUCGCAGAGCCCCGGCUGGUGUUUGGGUGGUUAAAUGGCGAAGACCCAUGGGUGAAAGGCGCCCGGGGCAGACUCCGCCCUGCGCCCUGAGGCGAGGUCCCUGAGGGGCGGGUGUGUCAGCGGAGUGCCGGGGACCAGUGGGGGCGGCCGCCUCGUCCAGCAGCCACGGAAGGUCAGGCCGCGGGAGGACGCACGCCUUCCCGCCAGCACGCGCUGGAGACCUCGGCGAGGGAACGUUCCCGAAGACCCUCCUCCCUGAGCGCAGGGCUGUCUCGGGCUGUGUGUCUGGGGCUGUCCGAGGGCUCUCGGAGCCGCUCACCCUAGAAACCAGAGCUGUGACCCCACGAUGUGCCUGGGACGCCUGAGCCGACGAGGUCACGGAGUCGUCCGGAGUCUCACGGCUGGUAGGAGCGCCCCACGGAGACCCCGGGUCUUAGCGCAGCCCUCGUCUCCUCCAGCUCCAGGCCUUCUUCCUGGUGUCAGACGACAUCAUGGAUUCAUCCCUCACCCGACGGGGGCAGAUGUGCUGGUAUCAGAAGCCAGGCAUAGGUUUGGAUGCCAUCAACGACGCUCUGCUUCUGGAAGCGUGUAUCUACCGCCUGCUGAGGUUCUACUGCCGGGAGCAGCCCUAUUACCUGAACCUGAUGGAGCUUUUCCUCCAGAGUUCCUAUCAGACUGAGCUCGGACAGACACUGGACCUCAUCACGGCCCCCCAGGGCAACGUGGACCUCAGCAGAUUCACUGAAAAGAGGUACAAGUCCAUCGUCAAGUAUAAGACUGCUUUCUACUCGUUCUACCUUCCCGUGGCUGCCGCCAUGUACAUGGCGGGCAUUGACGGCGAGAAGGAGCACGCCAGCGCCAGGGAGGUCCUGCUCGAGAUGGGGGAGUUCUUCCAGGUGCAGGACGAUUACCUGGAUCUCUUUGGGGACCCCAGUGUGACAGGCAAGAUUGGCACCGACAUCCAGGACAACAAGUGCAGCUGGCUGGUGGUCCAGUGUCUGCAGCGGGCCUCUCCGGAGCAGCGCAGGGUCCUCCAGGAGAACUACGGGCGGAAGGAGGCGGAGAAGGUGGCCCGGGUGAAGGCGCUGUACGAGGAGCUGCAGCUGCCGGCCGCGUUCCGGGAGUACGAGGAGGCCAGUUACGGCCGCCUCAUGGGGCUCAUCGAGCGGCGCGCCUCGCCCCUGCCCCCGGCCAUCUUCCUGGGGCUGGCGCACAGGAUCUACAAGAGGAAAAAGUGACCUGGGGACCGCGAGGGCGGGCGCUCAAUAAAUUUUCUAACCUUC